AUGGUUUCUCACGGGAGUUCUCUCGGCGCUCGCCAUAUCCAGAACAUGAGCGAAGCUAGCAUACUUGAACCCCAUUGGGGUUAUGCAGACCGUGCUCUUCCAUGUGUGAAAGACGUCAAGACCUGCCAGUACCUCGAUCUCGUCUAUUCCGGCCACGACUUUAGCAUGCUCUUCGUCGGAAUCUUCUGGGCAAUGGCAGUUGGUGUCCUAUUGAUCUGGGCUUUUAGCCGCAAGAUUUUCUCUUCUCCAAGAGCAGAUGAGUUCAUCAUCGUGGAUAACGAGAAGACAGCUACCUCGACAACAAACCAACGCACACGGGUAAAAAGGGCCAUCGCAUCUUUUUUCCGUUCCUACCUCUUACCAGAUUCGAUACGUAUUAUCUUUGGUCGCACCACACGUUUACAGGUCACUCUGUUGGCGAUCUUGACAGCCUAUAUGAUCAUAGUCAGCUUUGCUGGUCUCAGCUACCGAAUCUGGGUUGUUGCUAUACCGGACAUGGAGGGUGUCCACACCACCAGAACAACACUUGGCCCUUGGUCGAAUCGAAUCGGUGUCCUCGCCUACGCGCUUACACCUCUCACUGUCAUGUUGGCUAGCCGCGAAUCAAUCCUAAGUCUAUUGACUGGCGUUCCUUACCAAAGCUUCAACUUUCUGCAUCGAUGGCUCGGAUACAUUAUCCUUGCCCAGGCCCUACUCCACACCGUCGGAUGGAUCGUCAUUGAGACGAAGCUCUAUGCUCCACAACCAGCUGCCGCCCUGCAAUUGAUCACGGAGCUUUACAUGAUCUGGGGAAUCGUCGCAACGCUGCUGAUACUACUCCUUUUUGUACUCAGUUUGCCAGUUGUGAUCCGUCGAACAGGCUACGAAUUCUUCCGAAAGGCUCACUAUGUACUGGCAAUGGUCUAUAUUGGCGCGUGCUAUGCGCAUUGGGACAAGCUGUCUUGUUUCCUUUACUCAUCCCUACUUAUCUGGUUUAUCGACCGAGCUCUGCGACUAAUCAGGAGUGGAUUGAUUCAUUAUCAAUAUAUGGAUGACGGUUCUGUCGGCUUUAAGAGCAUCAAUGCGACCAUGAAAUAUUUUCCGGAUUCCGACAAUGGCGAUGUCCUCCGGCUAGAUUUCACGCACUCCCAGGAUCCUUGGAAUAUUGGUCAACACUUUUACCUCUGUUUUACUGAAUGCAGUAUUUGGCAAUCGCAUCCUUUCACUCCACUGAGCCUUCCAGUGGUGCAGGAUGGAGUUGUCAAACAUUCUUACAUCCUACGCGCAAAGCAGGGCGAGACAAAGAAGCUCGCACAGUUGGCACAGAAACGAGCAGCCGAGAACGGACCGUCAGUGACACCCGUCAUUCUUUCCGGAUCCUACGGGGAAUCCAUUGUAGAGGAUUUGACACCGGAGACAAACAUCCUUUGCGUCGCGGGUGGUACUGGCAUCACUUACGUUUUACCUGUUCUUCUGAGUCUGAUCUCCCAGCGAUCAUCGUCUCUACGCAAGGUUCAACUAAUCUGGGCUGUCAGAAAGGAGUCAGACAAGCAGUGGGUUCAAGACGAGCUAGAAUCGAUUUACGAAGCCAGUGAGUCACAUGGUAUUGAAGUGCAUGUGUAUGUUACUCGCGAGACGGGUUAUUCAACAAUCACACGCGAUACUGUUCAAGACGACAAAGCAGCAGAUGUUGGCACAUCUGCGUCGGCACCCUCAGAAUCGGACGAAGUGAGGAGUGACGUUGACAGAAACUUCAAAACCUCUCAUCCAGACUUGAGGAAGAUGAUUCCUAGCUUUGUGGAGGAUACUGUCAGAGGACCAACCACAGUUUUUGCAAGCGGGCCAGGCAGUAUGAUUAGUGACUUGCGUUCUGCCGUGGCUGCUUGUAACUCUGGUGCUCAAGUGUGGAAGGGUAACGACCGUUUCGAUGUGUCUUUGAUAUGCGACAAUAGAUUAGAGUAG